GAGAAACAAAGUCCUUAAGCAAACUGGGCAGAGCUAACAGCAGCAGCUUCAUUCUGUUGCUGCAUGUCAGACUUGUCUUUUUUCCUCUUCAUAUAGAAACAUGUUAGUAUCAAUCUUUCUGCUAUGGCUUUUUGUUUGGUUCGUCGUCAUCCUGUUCAAAUCUCAGAGGCCAAAGAACUUCCCACCAGGACCCCCCAUCUUGCCUGUCCUGGGGAACCUUUUGAGCCUGAGCCUGGAGAACCCACUGAAGGACUUUGACAGGCUGAGCAAAUCUUAUGGAAACAUCUACAGUAUUUACAUCGGUCCGAGACCCGCAGUGAUUCUGAACGGGCUGAAAGCCAUGAAAGAAGCCAUGGUGAUCAAGGGUGCGGAUUUCUCUGGACGCCCCCAAGACUUGUUUGUGAACGAUGUUUCCUGCAGGAAUGGUGGUGUUGGUGUGAUUCUGGCAGAUUAUGGCCCGAGCUGGCGGGAGCAUCGCCGCUUUGCUCUGAUGACUUUGAGGAAUUUCGGUCUGGGAAAGAAAUCAAUGGAGGACAGAAUUCAUGAUGAGAUUCAACACACCAUUAAAACCCUGGAGGGCAGUAUCGGCAAAACUUUGAGUCCUCGGGUCAUGUUCCAUAACGCCGCUUCCAACAUCAUCUGCCAGGUUCUGUUCGGAAAGCGCUAUGAGUACGACGAUGACAUGAUCAAAACGAUUGUUCAGUGCUUCACUGAAAACGCCAAGAUAGCCAAUGGACCCUGGGCCAUGAUAUACGAUUCUAUUCCCAUCUGUCGUAACCUCCCGCUGCCGUUCAGAAAGGCCUUUAAAAAUGCAGAGAUUUGCCAGAACUACAUUCAGUGUUUGGUUACUGAGUACAAGAAGACCAGAGUUCCUGGGGAUCCUCGACACUUUGUUGACUGUUACCUGGAUGAACUGGAAAAGAGAAGCGAUGACAGUUCCUCCUUUUCAGAAGCUCAGCUCAUGAUUUACAGCCUGGACCUUCACUUUGCUGGGACUGACACGACGUCCAACACCCUGCUGACAGGAUUUCUCUACCUGAUGACCUACCCACACGUCCAAGAACGAUGUCAGCAAGAGAUAGACCAGGUUCUGGAGGGAAAGGACCGGGUCUGUUUUGAGGACAGAAACAGCAUGCCUUACGUCCAGGCUGUGCUCCAUGAGAUCCAGAGGGUUGCCAACACGGUUCCUCUCAGUGUCUUCCACUGCACCACUAAGGACACAGAGCUCAUGGGAUACUCCAUUCCCAAGGGUACAAUGAUCAUCCAGAACCUGACCUCAGUGUUGAGAGAAGAAGGACAGUGGAAAUUCCCCUAUGAAUUCAACCCUGAAAACUUCCUGAAUGAACAGGGAGAGUUUGUCAAACCUGAGGCCUUCAUGCCUUUCUCUGCAGGUCCUCGGAUGUGUAUGGGGGAGGGUCUGGCCCGCAUGGAGCUCUUCCUCAUCACGGUGACUCUGCUGAGGAAGUUUAAGUUCAUCUGGCCGGAGGAUGCCGGAGAACCUGACUUCACUCCAGUCUAUGGAGUCACUCUAACGCCGAAACCUUAUCACAUGAAGGUCCAACUGAGGUCCAAACAGUGAGGAGCAGGAACUAACCGCGUUUCCUUUACAAAUGUACAUAAAACUUUUUCAAUUUUCCACUAAUGUUGGGGGGGGGGGGAAUAAUCCCA